AUGAGGUCAAUAGAUGAGGCACAUUUAAACCAAAGGUGGCGCCAACACUCUCUCAAGCCCACUCACUGGUCAGAUGAGUAUCCCAAAACCACUUUUCGCCGGCCACUUGUCAGCCACUCCACCACCCCAUUGGCAACCUCUUUUCUAUUUGCUUCUCUCACUCUCUAUAUGCAAUUCCAUGGCCUUUUUCUCUCUCCACAACAGAUCCCUCUGCACCUCUUGACGCGUUUCUCAUGCCUUUUUCACACCUGGACUCACCCUAAUGGCAGCAUCUUACAUCCCCACGACCUUAUUGAACCACACUUUGUUCUCACUCAAAACAGAAAAGAACACACACAAAGUAGUUCACUCUCACCAACGUUCUUCCCUGAUCAUCACCAUCACUGCAAUUCCUUACACUCAUCAUCAUCGCAUUGCACCUUUGUCCUCAUGGAGAACUCUUACAUACCCUUUUCCCCCACCGCCACCACCACCACUAGCACCACACCCACCAAUUCCACCUCAAACAUGGGUUGCUCUUCGAAUUCAAACUUCUCCACCAUUGAACCAAUGAGCUCUCAAUUUCAACAUCCGUCACAACUUUUGCCACCUUACCAGAGCCUGCAACUCCCAUACAGAUAUCUCAUGGAGCAGGCUCCUCCUAUGUAUCCUUGCUUUGAUUUUGGGGUAUGGAAGGACCAAGAGAGAAGAAUAAUGGAUCCUAACAGAACAAAGAUGGCAAGGAUUAACAGAAAGCUGGCACGGCAAAGAAGCCUCAGCUUGCAAAGAAAUGCUACUCCGGUGGCUUCAACGCAGGUGGAUGCAAGGAGACUGAUCCCCUCUGGUAUUAACACUUACAUGAGACAAAAUAAUGAUACCAAUAAGGAUCACUGUAAUUUUAUAACACCAGACAACAAGAAACUAAGAGUGUUGCUAAAGAAGGAGUUGAAGAACAGUGAUGUCGGGUCUCUUGGGAGAAUUGUUCUUCCAAAGAGAGAGACAGAAGCAAACCUUCCAACACUAUACGAUAAAGAAGGCAUCCAAGUAACAUUGAAGGAUGUGUACUCUAACAAUGAGUGGACCCUCAAGUACAAGUUCUGGAUCAAUAAUAAAAGUAGAAUGUAUGUUCUGGAAAACACUGGAGACUUCGUGAAGCAAAAUGGAAUGAGAAUUGGAGAUUCUCUUACACUUUAUGAAGAUGAAAGCAUGAAUCUCUAUUUCUCUAUAUCCAAGGUGGCAACGGUUGCUGUGGAGUCUUCAAGCAAUCAAAACCAGUACUACAACAACAACAAUGUCAACAACAACAACAACAGUAGCCAUAUUUAUCUGGCAUCUAAAGAUGAUGACGAGGCAUCAUUAGAAUUACUCAUAGAACAACUCAAGCACAAGGAACCACAAGAACCUAACGACUUGAUGAUGACUUUGCCUAUGGAUACUGCUAAUAAUUCGCAGAGGAUACUUCCUGAGGAAACCAGACACUUGUUUUCUCACGACAGUCAAAUGCAAACCUCGACGACAUUGCCGGGAGGUAUGUCAGGGACGAUCAACUUCGACGACUGCUAUGGUGGUCUUGAUAUGCUACCUGAUGUUAAUCACUACAAUUUUUCACUUUGA